UUCAGGAGAAUUACACCCAGGCUGGCCAGGCAUCGGCCCCGCUGUGAAUGAGUGCCGCUUGUCUUUUAAGCGGGGAUACGGGCUCACGCAUUGUGUUUCUCCUGUUGACCCAGGUCUGUUAAUUUGUAACGAGGCCACCGCGCUUCGUGCUGUUUUUUUGUAAUUAAAUCUGCUCUUAUUUUGCCGAUCUCACUCAUUUCACGGAAACGACUGCGACGUCCCAAGGAGGAGCAUCCCGUACUGUUUAUUACAGGCGAGGACGCGCGGCUCAGGGACAGAGGGGCAGAGAGAAACAGCAGCAAACAUGUUCGACACCAGAGGGAUCCCCUUUAUCCUGCUUGACAUAGCCUGUCUUAUUCUAGCUGGACUCCCAUUUGCAAUACUCACAGUGCAACACAAACCUUUCCAGCGGGGCUUUUUCUGUAAUGAUGAUUCAAUCAAGUACCCGCUUAAAGAAGACACCAUUUCCUAUCAGUUGUUAGGGGGCAUUAUGAUACCCAUCACAGUACUCACUAUGAUCUUUGGGGAGUGCCUUUCCGUUUAUCUGAACCGCAUCAAAUCCAAGUCGUCUUUCUGCAACAAUUACGUUGCCUGUGUUUACAAGGCAGUCGGUACCUUCCUCUUCGGUGCCGCCAUGAGCCAAUCAUUGACUGACAUAGCCAAGUACUCCAUCGGCCGCCUCCGGCCGCACUUCCUGGAUGUGUGCAAACCCGAUUGGAGCCAUAUCAACUGCACACUCGGGGAUUACAUUGAGGACUUCACCUGCACUGGAGACAAGAGAAUGGUCAAUGAGGGCAGGCUCUCCUUCUACUCGGGCCACUCCUCUUUUUCCAUGUACUGCAUGAUGUUCCUGGCUCUUUACCUCCAGGCGAGACUGCAGACUGAAUGGGCCCGGCUACUGAGACCCACACUCCAAUUUUUCCUGAUUGCUGCAUCGGUGUACACGGGAUUGUCCAGGGUUUCAGAUUACAAACACCACUGGAGUGAUGUGCUGACCGGCCUCCUGCAGGGUGCUCUCAUGGCGAUCCUGGUGGUCUUCUUUGUGUCAGACUUCUUCAAGAAGCGCGUGGAGCCCCAGAAGGAGGCGGAGAUCCCCCACACCACGCUCCAGGAGACACCAACUAAUGGAAACCACUACGACAGCCCCAACUAAGCUAAAAUCAAAGGGGAGGAUACCUCUGCGCUAUACAAAAAAAAAAAAAAAAAAAACGCACAUCCUGGAUGCCAGCUCUCAAGCCUUUCACCUGACGCAUAUUCUCAUCUAAUACCCUGCAUGGAUUCACAGUGUGGAACACGGUUGUAAAUGUGCUCCCAUCAUCCUUGCUUCUUAAGUGGCGUGAGAGAACGGAUGAGUGUGCAUCUCAAUGACGUGGGUGCGAGAGGAGAGAUGCAUGAACUUUUCGGAAGCUACACCCCAGACUGGUUUAAAGCCGACUUAAAAAGCCUUCAGAAUUACAGGCGAGUUGCUGUCUUGCCUCCUGCUUUCCCCAUCCUGAGGGAACGUUGUAAGAUAAGCUCUCACCUAUCCAACCGUUUCAGAUAUACUCAAAUGCCAGAUGUAGGUUAGGGGCUAAAGAUUUUUUUUUUUUUUUUUUUUCAUGACGGGAACCAUAUAGCAUGUACCUACUGAGCCAGUGGGAGACAUAAACUGCAUGCACCCACUAAAGGGUCUGACCACUGCUGGGGGGAGAGAGGAGGGUGGGGAACCUGUGAAUGUAACCCUGCUUUGUGCUUUUCCUGACCUGGAGUCAAGUCAAUCUGCUCAGAUGCUGCUCUAGAGUCAGUGUUAGGUUAACUCCACCACUGAGUUUCGUAAAUUUCACAGAGAAUGUAUUGUCUUUGGUCCGGUGUUUAAGGGCUAAUUAUCAAAGUAAAACUACUCGCUGAUUCUAGACUUGAGGGCAACGCUGCUCUGCAUCUGAAGCUGCUGACUCCAGGAUGUUGUCACUGCAAUCAUAUUCUCCAACCUUAUAACCUGAUCUUAAAGGAAGAAGCCUGUGUGUGUUUUUGUCAUUUGGUUACAGAGCUGGGAAAUAAGAUUGUCGGUUUGAGUCCCGUGUUGCCUUUGCUGGACUGCUACUGCUGCUAGCACAGCUCCCUGUGUAUCUCAGAACUAUAUAAACAUCAAAUUAUCUCUAAAAGCAAAAAAGAAAAAAAAAAAAAACUUUUGUAUAAUCUGUAUGUACAAAGAAAUCACUAUACAGACCUUUAUUGAAAAUUGUU